AAAACUGCAGCUGACAGUUAUAGACAGACGUAGAUAUGUCAUCACUGCUGAGAUAACCUAACGUUUAUUUUUGUUUUGUUUGUGUUUUUGCCGAAACGAAUGGGAACGUUGCUUGUAGUUUAAUUCAUUUACAUUUGAAUAAUGUUUGCCGAACAAGCAUUCGAACUAAUUAAAGAGUUGGAAAGAAAUUCGGAAAACCUGCCUCCAUUCAACGAUGAAAUAGUGCGAAAAGUGCUGGAGGAAAUCAACGCAAUUUUCGAAGAAAAUCGUCGAGAUGCCAAUACAGUGAAUGAAACCGGCGACCGUACCUUAAUUCCAUUGUUGAUGUUUCGCGAUGCCAGUCUCUACCGUAAUAAACGAUGCGUUCUGGCCUAUUUGUACAGUCGACUGCAACGGAUCAAGGAAAUGCGAUGGCAGUUCGGCGUUGCGAUUCCGAAUGAAAUUAAGACUGCGCUAUGCGAACCGGAAAUCCAAUGGUUUAACGCUUAUUCACAGAAUCUCGGCACGUAUAUGCGAUCCAUCGGCGAAGGGAUCGGCAUCAAUUUGACCGACAAUGUGGGACCACCGAAAUCGUUGUAUGUUGAGGUGAGAUGUGUCACCGAUUAUGGGAAAUACGAGCUGGAGAAUGGCGACGUAAUAUUACUGAAGGAGAACAGUCAGCACUAUUUGCCGCGCGUGGAAUGCGAACCAUUGAUUAGGCAGGGAAUAUUACAGCACAUGGGGUGAUGGUUUAUUGGUUGAAAACAAUAA